GACAUACUCAUGGCUGGAGGUAUCAUCUCGUCACCCGUUCCCUCGCCGGUGAAAACCGAGCCAGUAGAUUCGCAGAUCCUUGGUCUAGAAGCACAGUUGAGAGCUCUGCGCGCGCAGAAAUCUGCAGGUUCGGCGCCGAGGGUUUCGACUAUGGCACAUCCACGAACUGGGCAGUCGGUGCAGGUCAUCGAUCUGACUGAUCUAUAAUAAGUACUGUCUGCGCGUCCCGAUCAACAACUACCCUGGAGUCUUAACGCCUCAUCUGUAUUCACUCACAAUUGCUUGUAUCUUAUCAUGCAUGUACUCCCUCGCAUUCGAUCUGCUGUCCUGCAUUGGCUGUCCCAUCCGCAGUCUGGGGGUUACAGCCCCAUUGAUGAAAGGAUCUCUCUUCCAGACAACCAAGUGACCGUCAAGCAAAAGACCUGAGAUUCAUAGUCCAAUGUUCCGGGAUUGCAGUUUUUCGGUUCGAUACACUCGUCUCAAUGGACAAAAUCCGUAUUGCCAGAGACGUGAAGGCUUGAUACUCGCACUAGAAUUGUCAAGGAAUUCGAGAGCUGCUCAAGCACGUUUGAGUCAGCCGACCAAUCUCGCGUGUUCCGACAUGAGCCGAUGAUUUGACCAGCGAUCAAAGAGCUGUAUUUGCGAAAGAUGGCGGGAAAUGCGUUUUAGGGACGAGCUGUUCUUACACUACGUACCAUCAGGAUUUGUUCCGUUGAUUCACCGGUUGUACCAGACGGGUUUGCAGCAGAGACAUCCAUCAUCGGCUUUAACUUGCAGACUGAUCUUCCGUUUCCUCCAUAAUGGCCGCAUCAGCCUUUGCAAGACAAGGGCGAAAGAUUGUCGCCAUUGGCCGCAACUACGCCGAACACAUCAAAGAGCUCAACAACACCGCUCCCAAGGAACCGUUCUUCUUCCUCAAGCCGACGACGAGCUACGUGCAGUCCGGUGGCAGGGUGGAGAUCCCCACCGGGAUCAUGGCGCAUCACGAGGGUGCGUAGGUCGGGCGGAACGCGACACGCGUGCGGCUGACCGGGCGCGCAGUCGAGUUGGGCGUCGUCAUCGG